AUGGCGGCGGUCAUGUCGAGGGUCCCGGAUCUCGAUGCCGAGUCGAGAAUCGGCAUCGGUGUCUUGCCGACGACGGCCAUGGCGGAAGCCGCGUGGGCUGGAGACAUUGAGGUGUGCAAGAUUCUCAUAGCCAGGGGUGCCAGACCGAACCCGGUUGCCGCCUCGUCUCUGUCCGCUCUCCAGAUCGCAGCCCACCUUGGAAAUAUGCCCCUGGCCACCAUGCUCGUGGAGAAGGGCGCCAACGUGAACUACUCGUUCAACGGCUACUUGGAUAUCGGGUCCGAACCGACGACAGAGGACCUGGUCGGCUUGGAACCGCUCCUCCCGGAGCUGCCCGGCCGCGAAGAGACGGUGCGACGCCUCGUCGUCUCCCAAGGGGAAGCCUUUACCGCCAAGGCCUUGCUCAACGCCGUGCGCCGGGGUGAUCUCAGCCUGGCGAAGCUCCUCGUCGGGGCCGGUGCCGACUACCACAUCAUGGAGACCGGACUGACACGAUAUGACCCUGCGGCCCUGCUAGCUGCGACAGUGGCGGCCUCUUCGGCAACAUCCUCGAGCACAUUCGAUAUCACCCUGGACAGCAGACGCGGAGUCGGGCGGUUCCACUACCACCAGACCAACGAAGCGUGGACGGCCUUCCUGGAAGGCAUGGCCUUGGCUGCCGCCAGGACCGGCUAUCUGCUCCGGUUCAACCUCCGCCACGACAGCAGCGAAGUGUUCGGCGUCGGCCCUAGAUCUCGCCACGACCAUGCCCUGACCACCCCGGGAGCGACCAUCCUAGGGACUGCCUGCAUGGCUAAGCAGCCGGCCAUGGUCCCCAUCCUCCUCGGCCGCGGAUACCAGCCGAGCCACGUCGACCUUGUCAUCGCCGCGCGCCUGAUAGACCAGACGACCACGCGCAUCCACGCCCUCGCCUCCGGACCCUCGUCGUCCACGCCCCUCGAAGCAGCCAUCUUCUACGACGACAUCAAGCUCGUGUCCCACCUCCUCAGCCGCGGCGCACACGUGUCGCCCGACCUCUGUCCUUCUUCCUCGCCGCUCGCCGUCGCCACCGGCAGCGGCAACAUUGCCAUGGUCAAGCUGCUCAUCGCGCACGGCGCGGGCGUCAACGCCUCGUCCUCGGGCGACAGCGGAUUCCCGCUGGACCCGUCGCCGCUAGAGCAGGCGGCCGAGAGCGGCAAGAUCGACGUGCUGGCGUACUUGCUGUCCGAAGGCGUCGACACCGCUGGCGGCGUGCGCCGCUAG